AUGGUCGCCAAUGGGACUGAAACGGCGGGCUGGGUGGAUGCCCCCAAUGUCCGAGGGAGCAUUGACAUCCUCUGGGGCUGCGGCUUGGUGCUCUCCACCGCGCUGUGGACGGUCCUGCACUUGAACAUCCCCGGCCCGAACGACAGCUUCCUGGCGAACAUGUGCCGGAAGAUCCGCUGGGGAAUGUUGGCCAUCUUGGCCCCGGACCUGCUGGUGUACUUCUCCGCCAUGCAGUGGGAGGCGGCCCAGCAGGCGGUGCGCCAGAUGCACCGGCUUGGAUACAAGCACUGGACGUUGAAGCACGCCUUCUACGCCAACAGCGGCGGCUUCGUGCUGCGCUCGAUCGACUACCGCCCCUUCCCGAUCACCUCCGCCGCGCUGCAAUACCUAGUCGAGGCGGACUACAUCGAGUGUCCGACCAUCACCGAAGAGGAGAUCUGGGACAAGAGCAAGGCCGACACCUUCGCGAAAUGCGUCGCCUUGGUCCAAACCCUCUGGUUGGCGGUUCAGUCCAUCGCCCGCGUGAUCCAGGGGCUGGCCGUGAGCCCGCUCGAGCUCUUCUCGCUCGGAUUCGUCCUGUCGACCAUGAUGAGCUAUUACUUCUGGAUGCACAAGCCCCAGAACGUCAGCGUCCCCACCUACCUCGAUCUGAAGUACGGCAGCGUUCAUGCCAUCCUGGCCCAAGGCGGCGCGGGGAGCACCCCCGUCGACGAAUUCCAGGACACCCCGCUCGAUUUCGUCGAGAAGCCGCUGCAGCGGUGGCACCGACGCCCAACCUUAGAAAAAUUCGGGCGCGAGGAAGAAGGUCCCCUGCAGCGCAUGCCCGACGACAAGAUCCCCGUGACCGACAUGAGCCGCCAGACCUGGGUCUUGGUGACCGUGCAGGCGAUGAUCCAUCCCGCCAUCCACCUCCUCGGGUGGAACCACCUGUUCCCGACCCCGACGGAGCGGCUGUUGUGGCGGAUUGGUGCUCUGACCCUGGCGUCGGGCCUGCCGCUUGCGACCACGGUGCGCGUGGCCCUGACCGCGCUGGGGUUCAAGGGCCAUCGCUCGCUGACGUAUAUCUGGAUCCAGCCGACGGAGCGACCGCCCGGCUGGAAGCCCUGGGUCCUCGAUAUCAUCUCUACCAUGAUUAGUGGCUGCUUGGUCCCGGCGAGGCUGUAUAUCAUCAUCGAGGCGUUCAUCAGUCUGCGAAGGCUGCCAGUUAGCUCGUUUCAGACGGUGGAGUGGACGAACUUCAUUCCGCAUGUGUGAGGCGUGAUUCGGUGUGGGAGAUGAUACACUAGCUAUACUUGUGGAGAGUGGGGCUUUGGAGCUGAUAGAUAGCUAUGCUUGCGGGAGACGUAUAGCUUGGGAACCGAACCCAAACACGAACCCCACCCCUCGCUUCUUGUGCCAGGAGCAGGAGAACACUCGAACGCAGUCAACAGCGAACACAUCGGUAAUACUGUACCGGUCACAACAAGCGUCUCACUCCCGACCCCGCACAAUCCCUCGCAUUAGCGACAAUCCUUCACGG